UUUUUGCGUCGGGUCUGAAAGGGGGAGGCCCAAGGAUUCAAAAAGAUACACAUUCUUGUCACUGGAGGAAACGUUCUGGACGGAGAGAGAGAGAGAGAGACAGGGGAGCGAUUGCCUUUUCCGAGAACUCGUGUGUGGUAAAAUUGUCUGAAAGAAUAAAGAGACGAACAAAAUCGGGACGGAAAAUUUACUAUGGUCCUGGUGGAGGGUCUGAUCUUCUUGUUAUGGCCCCUCAGCACUUUAUCUCAUGCAUCACCAGGUGAUCCGUGGAGCAGCUGUCCAGCAGAUAAAAUGUGCAAAGUCAAGUUUGCGAAUGGCGUAUGCGAUAUGGAAUGCUCCGGAUCCCAGUGCCUGAAAGACGGCUUUGACUGCCUUAGGCCCAAAGAAUCGUGCAAUUCCGGCUAUACUAAGUACUGCCGUGACAACUUUGACAACACGCACUGCGAUAAAGGCUGCAGUACUGCACCAUGUGGGUGGGAUGGUUCAGACUGUAUAAAAAACUAUAAAAAUCAGCGUCCCAACUGGGCCAAAGGUACACUGAUUCUGCAUACAGCAAUUCCCUUCCAGAAAGCAGUGUUGCAGAACAAUUCCUUACUUUGGGCUAUCAGCAUCCUGCUCCAGACCAGUGUCAAACUGAGAGGUAUGGUGCCACUUCAGCCCAGUACUGAUUUCAUUACUAUGGAGGCACAGCAGAUGAUAGAUCUGCACCAGCAAGCACCUACCUACAAGAGCAACAGGUCGUUAUUGUUCCUUCAAGUGGAUAACAGGCCAUGCUCCCGGUUACAGUUCACUUGUUUUCCCUAUGCGUCGGAGGCAGCAGAUUUCCUGAAUGCUGUGCUGGAGUUGAACCGUGCCCCAACCCACAUCAAGCCUGAGAUCCAGGCACUCAUCAGCAUCCGGGGCAUCAAUAAGGAGAUCGCAGUGAUAGAACCUACCAUCAAGGACCCUGAUGGUUCUCCUCCAUGGCUGUGGCCUGUGGUUGGUAUUGCGGUGGGCAUUGGGGUAGCACUGGCCGUAGUGGCACUGAUAGUGCUGGUAUGGCGAUGGAGAAGACGGCAUAGGAGAGAACGAGGAAACCUUGUGCAUCACAGAUCUACGGCAACGGACAACAAUGGUGAGAGUAAAGACUGGACACAGUGCUCCGCUGAGCAGAACAAAAGGAACGGAAGGAUAGCAAGGGAGAAGGACAGAAAUGGCAUGAGGAAAAAUAAGGAGAAGAAAGGGAAGGACCUGGGAAAGAAGCGCAGGGAACCACUCGGAGAGGAUGCCAUCCGAAUGAGGCCUCUUAAAAAGACCAUGGACAUUGGCAGUGACACAGAUGUGACCCAGAGCUCAAUGGAGGACAUCAGCAGGACAAUCUGUGACCACAGAUCUCCAGAUCAGAAACAUUUCAACAUCAGUCACCAACAAGUGCCAAUAAGUCCACCAAGAAGGUGGGACAGGAAUUCUAUUCCUACAAAUCAGCGGACCCCAAGCAAUUCAGCCCCAGUGCAGUGGUGUGGACCUGAUGGUUCUGUGGUUCUGAUCCGAGCUGUGAGGAGCGGCCUCGAUCGGGUGGUGCUGGAGCUGCUCAGAGCUGGAGUGCCUGUCAACAACACUGACCACACUGGGAGAUCUGCCCUGCACUGGGCAUGCUCAGUAAACCACCUCUCAUUAGCACGGACACUGAUACGUUAUGGCGCUGCUGUGGACAUGCAGGACCACAAGGGUGAGACAGCUCUGUUUCUCGCGGCUCUCCACGGUUGCUAUGAUACUGCCAGGUUUCUCCUCCUAAACGGUGCCAAUCAGGAGCUGACUGACCGCAGGGGACGCCGGCCAUUAGAUGUGGCCCGGGAAGGAUACCGUCAUCAGAUCCUUGAGCUUCUACUGGCCCACCGAGUACACCACAGCCCAUUUCCUGUGGCCCCAGCUACCGAGGUGCUGUGGGAUGAUCGCGGUUACCUGUAUUCCCCGUGGAUGGCAUCACCUCCGUGUCUGCCAGGAAGGAGCGCUUCCUUUUCUGGGGUUGUAGGACCCAGGGAUAUGUCUUCACCCCAGCCCAGUGACUGGCAAUAUGUGCCAACCCAAAGCUUGCGGCCAAUGACAAACCAAUCCACAACUGCACUAGUCAGCCCCAGGGUCCUCAGCAGGCCAUCACGUCCAAUCAGCACACUUCAGGAAGUAACCUCAGAAGCUGAGGAAGAAGAAAGGGAAGUAGCACAGCAAGGCUCCAGAGCAACGACACCCCACUUCCUGUAUCCUCAGCCGGCACCGCGGCAGCGCUCGUUCUCUUGCACGCAACCCGCUCUGCAGCGCCGCCUCAGUGCCAACCAACCAGAGCCGGUCAUCAACGUCCUACCAGAGAAACUAACAAAUGAGCAAGUGGAAAUAGUGGUUGUGCCCCACCCUAAGGCUAGCUCUAGCCAAUCAGAGAGCAGAAAUGCCGGGGGAGCGGGUAACACAGACUCUGAGAGAGAGAGAAAGAAGAGCUGCGAGGCAGAAGGUCAAAGCGAGGUGGUCAAAACCAAGCCCAUAUCAAUACAGACUGUUAUGUGAGCGUGAUGGACUUGCAUAAAGUUCUGUAUUGUAAGAAGGUCCAAAAGUCUAAUUCCACUACCAUGCACUUCAAAUCGAUCAUUGUAUUAAUGUUUUAAAGUUCUAGAUAUGCUGAGCACGCUCUCUUUGCAUUGUUUGUUUGUGCAAGUUUUAUACUCAUGCUGCCUUCUAUGUUUUCUGUCUAAGACUCUCCAGAUAUUUUAAUGUCAAGUAAUUAAUAUUAGAAAGAAAUUAAUAAUAAACCACUUCCUAAAUGACCAUUUUAGAUUGUUAGAUAGGUUCUAAUAAAAACUGGUGAUAGAAGUUGAUAUUGAUGUUUAUCAUGAUGAUGAUGUCAUAAAAAAGGAUUGCUUUCUUUUAGUGUUAGUAGUCUCUUAUUGUAACAAACUGGAUUAGGAUUUCAGAACUAAUGGAUUAAGACAAACUUCUGGUAGUGGACUCAGGCUUUUGUAGCCAGCUGUAUAUAUUAUUUUAUACAAAUAUAGAUGCCCACAAAUUUUUUAAAACCUGUAUCUGCAAUUUGUAUUAAUAAACUAGACAAUUUGUUCAA